AUGUCCAACGAUCCGACAGCCCGAAGGUUACUCCCCCAGGCCGCCUCGCAGAUGGGCUCCUUCUCCUUUGCGCCGCAAGCCUAUCCACAACAACAACCUCGUGAGGCUCAGAAGAAUUAUGUUUUCGUCGAUGAACACAACCGGCACAAGCGGCUAAAAGUGAUGAGAGCGUGCGAGGGGUGUCGAAGGAGGAAAAUCAAAUGCGAUGCAGCCACAACCAACACGUGGCCGUGCUCUGCGUGUGUCCGUUUGAAGCUGCACUGUGUCCGUCCAAAUGGUUUCGACGGCUCUGAUUCUCAAGUAUACGAAGCGGCGCAAUCCCAAUUCGAUACGGCGCAUGUUCCCGACAGCUUCCGGCCACAGCUACCUCUUCACGACCAGCAACUCCUUGCCCAAGCCCCAAAGACAGGGUCUCUCUAUCCGGCUCAUACCUCGUACCAAGACCCAACUGGCCUUUACCACCCUGUGCAGUAUGCAGAGCACCAACCUGUUGCGCAUAACCUCACAUAUGGCCCCGUCGACCAACAAUACGCCGCGCAGACUGCUGCGUUUCCGACCCCCCCGUUGCAACAUGCCCCAACCCCAGGUUCUCCUGCGGGCACGUUGCAGUCUGAUUACGCCCAACAAGACUUAGCCGACCUCCUAGGUUCUUUGAAAGUCGACGAGGCCGGAACUGCGCCAUACCUAAACAGCAAAUUACAGGCCACCAGGGAGGAAGAGCCGGCGGUGGAAGAUGGAGAUGAAUAUAAGACUUUCUUGCCACCAUUGACGGCAGGCCCAGGCUCCAAGAUCCGGAUUCCGCCAGAAUUAAUGCCGGAUGACGACACCGUACUCCAAUACCUCGAUUUGUACUUCGUCAAUGCUCACCCAUAUGUGCCAGUUCUGGACAAGAGCUACUUUUACCAUCAAUGGCACAAUAACCGAGGCUCCAUCUCUCCCCUACUUCUAGAAGCUAUGUUUGCUAUUGCCGGUCGCCUGGCAGACGAACCUGCACAGGGACAACAGUGGUUAGCGCUGGCAACACGCCAUGCCGACUCGUUUAUGGAUGUGCCGCGGCUGAGCACACUCCAAGCACUGAUGAUUCUUCUCAAGGCCAGGGAAUCAGCGCCAAAGAAGGGAUAUUACUACCGGUCGUGGCAGAGCGUUGUGCAAUGCGUGAUGCUCGCAAAGGAGCUCGGUUUGGACGAGCAUCUUGAAGAUCACCAGAAUGGCGGGACGUGCGGUGGGAACCAGGCCGAGUGCGGGUUGAAAAACCGUAUCUGGCAGACGUUGUUUGUGAUCGAGUUGAUGGUUGGGUCACCGCAAGGUCGGUCCGACUUCCAGGUUGACGAGGCUACCGUUGAUUUUGGGACCCCGCGACCGCAGCCAAAUCAGGACGAAAGCGAGUACCUAGUGUCGCGCAACUUUUCCUACCUUGCCCGGGCGGUCCGUCCGGUAAGCCGUAUGGCAAAGACCUAUGGGCGCCUCAAAAAGAGCAAGGGAUGGGGUAUCAACCCAGAAUUCAUGCAACUCGACCCAGCCCUCAGCACCUGGCUAGCUGGACUGCCGGCAGACCUGACCAUCAACUAUCCCGCUGACGGCUCAUCACCCUGGUUGCCCUCGGCAUUUGUGGGCAACCUUCACUCGUAUUACUACCUAUCGUUAAUCCUAUUCAACCGACCACAACUGGCAAUUCUCACGCCCUCAACACCCGGAGGGGAAUGGAAACAACAUAUGAUGGUCUCAUACAACGCAGCCAAAAUGCUGUGUAGGCUGCAAGAGGCGGUUUCGGGAUCGUUUGGGCUGAAUGGACUGCAGUGUAUGCAGCGGGGUAUCAACUUCACCAUCUAUGCGGUGCUUAGCUGCAUUGUACUACACUUGGUUGCUGUCACAUCGCCUGACCCGGACUUGAACUCGCAGGCUAGGGACUACUUUACUCGCCAUAUGAGAAUUCUGGAGAAAUGCAUGAGCGCGUGGCCCAUGCCCGACAUGCAAAAGCAGAUCGACUCGGUCCGCGAAGCCUUCUCGGCCGACACCCGGAAGCCCUUUGUCCUGAAGCCGAGUUUUCCUUACGGCAGCCCGCACUCGGUAACUCACCCGAGCCCGCCCGGGCGAACGCUGGACUCGCAGAUACAGCACCCGCAAGUUAGUUACACCAACCACCCCCUCACACCGGUCUCGGUCGGGCCCCAGGACGCCAAGGGUGAUUCGCCUGUCGUACAAUCACUAACCACGAUGGGUUCGGUUCACGGUUCCCAGGCGUCCGGUGUGUCGCAGACGUUGCCGUUGUCCGAGGCUCCCUCUUGGAACCCAUCGCGCAUCUUUGAUCAAUGGAAUACUUCCUUUGGCGCGCCGCAAAUACAUCAACCUUCGCCACCUGCAAUCUCCGCGCAGUCUAGCUCCCUGAGCGUUGGGUCUGCCGGGGCCCUCGAGUCGCCCAGUAUCCAGGACAUGCACGCAGUCCAAGGCCAGCUCAGGGCGGGAUCCCAGCUACCCCUCCCACCAUACCCUACCGCAACGGCGCAGGCGUUUGUCACCCCCGCCAUGUGGCAAGAGUCGGUAGCAAGUGUUUACGAGGGCGGGCUAAAGCGAGCGUGGGACUACGACUCUCAAAUGCCCAUGAAGCGACAACACUAA